AUGAUGCUGUCUGAGCUUCUCCUUCAACCUUCUUACAUCCAUUCAGAUCUUGAUCCAUAUCAUCCAAAUCUUGAGUUUUCUUCCCCAUUUCAUUCUUAUUUUGAUUCAGAUCUUGAUUUUUCUUCUUCACUUUCCACCACUCCUGAAAACUCUUCAUCGAUUUCAUCGGUCAACUUGCCUAUUUUAUCUGAUUAUCCAUUUUCUGGUUAUAAUCAUAUGGAGGGGUUGGAUGAUGUCUGUAGAUGGUUGUGUGAUGAUGAUGAUGAUGGUGAUGAUGAUGAUCAAGAGAUGGAACAGAUUCCUGAACAAAUGCCUUCUGGAAAUCACCAUUUCUGGAGUCCGGACUUUUCCCAGAAAUCUAGUGAGGCUCCGGAAUCAUCAACGGUAUUAGAAACUGAUGAUUCCAUGGGAACAGGAAUCCAGAAUCUACUCAUGGCUUAUGCAGACGCCAUGGGAAUCGGGCAGAAAGAACUUGCCGACGUGAUCGUGAAAUGCAUACGCGAAAAAAUCAACCCGAAUGGUUCGCCCAUCGAACGCAUAGCCCACAACUUGUUCCAGCCAGUAGAAGAUCAAGAAAACGCGUAUCUGAAACUAGAAUCCGCUAGAAACUUCAAUCCAGCAUUCCGGGCCUUCUAUGAGAUCUUUCCCUAUGGGCGGUUCGCUCAUUUCACAGCAAACUCGGCCAUUCUUGACUCGGUUCCAAUCAAUAUCAACUCGGUUCACAUAGUUGACUUUGAUAUGCGUGAAGGAACCCAAUGGCCUCCUGUGAUCGAAGCCAUGGCUCGAACCAAAAAGUCAUUAACCAUCACAAGUAUCAAACUAGAAGAUCAUGACUCGAGUUUCGAAGGAAGAAAGAUCCAUCUGUGUAACUUUGCAAGAACUUUCGGUCUAGAUUUGAAGGUUCAAGAGAUGGGUAUGGAAGAAAUGGUGAAAGAAUUGGAUGGAAGAGAAUUUCUAGCCUUUAAUUGUAUGGUUGGUCUUCCACAUAUGGGAAGAACUAGAAAAACAUCUCAGAUUAUGGGGUUUCUGAAACUAGCCAAAGGGAUUUUAUCGAAAAACGAAGGUGUCAUAACGAUCGGCAACGGAGAAGGAGGCGAAAGAAUGAGAAAUUCUUUAGAUUAUACUUCCUUUUUUGACAAUUAUUUGGUACAUUAUAACGCGUUAUACGAAUCGAUGGAAUGGGGUUUUCCUAGCUAUUUGAAUGAAGCAAGAAUGGCUAUGGAGACCCUUUUCGUUGCACCUUAUGUGUCGAUCGAAAAGUGGGAGGAACGAAGAGAAGAGACGGUUUUCGAAAAGGGUUUUGGUUUUAAAGGAGAAAGAAUGAGUAAAGAAAGCUGGAAUGAAGCCAUGGAAAUGGUGAAGGAAGGAGAAAGUCCAUAUGGAAUUAGGGUUGAAGGUGAUAAUGAGAAUGAAAUGGUGUUGGAAUGGAGAGGUGUUCCAUUAGUUAGAGUUUCUGCUUGGAGGUAA